AUGUCGUCCGACGUCACGCCUUUGAGGAACUCGUCGAUCAUGGGCCUGAAACAGUUCAACCAGGAUAUAUCCGCAUCGAAAGCGAUUGACAUCGAUGGAGUAUCCAACAUUCGAAAAGGAGACUCGGAUGGCGAGGUUGUCUUUACCUGGUCUCUCAAUGACGCGACGCCAUCCCUGGACAUCCAAAUCCUGGUCCUUGAUGUCGAUUCCUAUCCCAAAAGCUCAAGCGUCAUGAUAUUCACAGAAUCCGACCAUUCUAUAGUCGAUGUCUCUUCUCUUCUUGAACGUCUGUCGGCGUCUCUUGCAAAUAAGGACGUUCAGACCAUCAUACAAGCUGUUGCAGAGAAGCUUCUUUCCAAGGUAGAAACCGGCGUCGAAGAUGAUGCAAGUGCCAAGCCAGACGUCGACUCGGAUGAUGCGUCAGACUCAUUUGAUGAGGAAGAGCUGGAAUCAGAAUACGAGGACCAUGUGGAUGAGUACACUUUCUCUGCGGUUUCCGCCCGGCCACGUUUGAACCAACCUAGCGGCACUGCAGUUUCAAUCGCCCGGUUGAAGAAAGAUUUGAACGUUGUUCGAUCAGCAGGAAUUUCGGUAGGAAUUUAUCCCAGAGUGCCAGUUGGCGAGGCUGAGUUCUUCUCCCUAUCUCUCCGAGCCACCAAACUUGGUAUCCCCGAGCAUGCUCUAGAAGCAUGGGGCCUUGAACGUGGCGACUAUGUAGUUCUUUUGUGUAAAUUUGCACCACACUAUCCGACUUUUUCGGAACUCUUAAUCGACGGCCACUGGAAGCCUCAGUUCCGUUUUGGCAAGUGUUCAAAGCCCAAGCCAUCCAUCGACGGUGCUCGCUCCGCCUUAACGACAGUGUCUGAUGCUAGCCAAAACGCCUCAAACGACAAGGCUGAGGAUACCAGUGGAAGCUUUGUGCCUCUCUAUAUGUCCAACUCAAUCGACAUGCUUAUGAACGAUGGGUUUUUGUCAUUUUUACAGUUAAGACGGGGCAAGGGUUUGUCUUGGGACACAGCUCUGAAUCAACUCAAAGUGCUCGCCAAGGGUGGGUUUUCGCAGGAUGCAGUUGUUUUCGAACAUGGUGCACCGGACACGCCGGUUCCCGAAACUGCAAUGCCGUCAUUGAGCCAUGACUAUGCUUUGGAUCAAGAUGAGGACUUCAGCUUUCCCAUGGUCGCCAUGCAAGUUGCGCUUCGCCGCUUCGCCCGCUGUACAAAAUAUUGUAUGGUGUGUCACCAAAGGCUGGAAGAUGAGUUUGAGGCUCUCAAACCUUACGUCUGCCAUGAUCCCUUGUGUGUUUACCAGUUUACGACUCUUGGAUUAGGCACAAGCAUUGAACACGAUAUUGUCAGCAACCCGUACGUCGUUGACAUUCUGAUCAGCUUCUUCGCUGCAGCCAUUGGCAGCCCUAAAAGUCUACGAAACUUCCCUGUUGGUCUCAAUCUAAAGAGCAUCCCCAUUGGAGAAAUGAGCGAAGCGGCAGUGCACACCAUCGCCGAGGCCUGCUUUUACGACAAGACGAUCCGCUUCGACCCGGAUGUUCAUGCAAAGAUGAGCCCCAAGAUCAAGGUCGGUGAUUUGCUCAUGAUAGUCAUCGGGGUGAAGGGCACCCUGCCAGCGACAUUACUAGUCAACGGACAUUGCGAAAGGCACGUUUGCAAAGUGACGGCCAUUGCGACCUAUCUCUACACAUUUGAGGUCAUUUCGACCUCUUCAACGCCGUUGGGAGUGCUGCCUCUACCGGAAGCCGAACGGCCUACAGAGGUUUCGAACACUCGAAGGGAAUGGAAAGCUGUCACGAUUCUUCAGUACACGGGUGAUACUGAUGAUCUGAAUGAGAGUGACCGAUGCGUUGCUUUUGCCACGAUACUGCGCGGAAUUCCAUCUGUUUUAGACAUGAGGACAUAUCUCUUGAAUAAUCCAAGCCAGCGCCUUUCCUCCUGGGGUCGUCUUGAUAAGAACUCACUUACCCUUCUGAAGUGGAUCAUAUCCUCGAAUAGGUCUCUAAUUCUUCAAGACGACGCAGUACCGAAUUUAAUCAAGCCAGCAGAGAAACUCGGUGAUUCCGAUGAUUUUCAAGUCAUGGUGCCUCCCAACCCUCCGAUUCCUCCGAUUCCUCCCAACCCUCCCAAUCUUCACAAGGUGAAGGGGUUGCAGCCUCAUUGGAUGCAGUUUCGAUUCCUGCAGGGGACUCCAGAACGGGAACGUCUUUUUAUGAAAGAGAUUCUGGCCGCUUCAAAGUCUCAAGGGGAAAGGUCAAAAUUCCCUUCCAUCUUUGCAUGGCAUGGUAGCGGCCUUCAGAACUGGCAUAGCAUUAUACGAACAGGUCUCGACUUCAACACUGUUCAGAAUGGGCGCUCCUAUGGAGAUGGGGUGUACAUGAGCAAUGAUUUUUCAGUGAGCUCAGGUUACUGUAGGACGCAAAUGAACGCUGUGGAAACUCACUGGCCAAAUUCUCUACUCAAGCCCUCUGCCGCCAUCAGUAUAUGCGAGGUCGUUAAUCGAUGCAGCGAGUUUGUGAAAACAACACCUCACUACGUGGUCAAGCAAAUCGAAUGGAUUCAGUGCAGAUACCUAUUCGUCUCGGUAGACCCAACAGUAGAAGCGAUGCAACAGCCAUUUCCCACCAAGCCCACAGAGACAUGCACGGGAUACGUGCCCCAGCAGCCCUCGAGGGCGCUCUGUGCUUCUGUCGGCGUAAAAGUCCGGAUCCCCUUAUCAGCACUACCAUCUAACCGUCGGUACCUUGUCCAAAGAAACAACAAAAUCAGCGACCGUGAACCAGAUGAAUCAUUGAAAACGCCCGAGAUAUCUUAUGAAAGCGACCAUGGCGACACGGAUCACGAACUUCUUCUGGAUUCUGAGGAGAAUCAUGCCGACGAUGUUGCUAGGCGCUCAAUCAAGCGCCGAAGCUCGUCAAUUGCCUCGACGGAUAGGAGAAGCCACAAACUCAAUACUGCGGCAUUUGUUCAUAGAAAACCCGAUGAGAAGUCGGUCGCGCAAUUCACGACUGACUUUGUGCCCGGGAGCCUAGAUCUGGAGUCUCUCCCCAAGCUCCCGGCUCCGAGCUGGGCUUCAACUUCUCCAAUGGCACUCAAGACCCUAAACCGCGCCAUCAAGGAACUGCACGAGAUUCAACGCCAAGAAAACCUCGCAUCUCUCGGGUGGUAUAUCGACUUUGACAAGAUAAGCAACGUAUUUCACUGGACGGUUGAGUUGCACAGCUUCGAAGUCGACCUUCCACUCGCGAAAGACAUGAAACAAAAGGGGUGCACCAGCAUCGUGCUUGAAUUUCGUUUCGGCGCCAACUUUCCCUUCUCCCCGCCCUUUGUUCGCGUUGUAAGGCCAAGAUUCUUGCCAUUCUCCCAGGGAGGCGGAGGGCAUGUUACGAUGGGGGGGGGCGAUUUGUUCCGAGAUGCUCACAAACUCGGGCUGGUCGGCGGUGAUGACGAUGGAAAAGGUAUUUUUGCAGAUUCGCCUGGGAUUAGUAGAUCGAGACCGUCCAGCAAGACUGGAAACGUCGAAUAG